ACACACACUAUGAGAGAGAGAGAGAGAGAGAGAGAGAGAGACGGGAUUGCGCCCUUCUCUAUAUGUGUGGAAGUGUGUGUGUGGAAGUGUGUGUAUGUGUGUGUAUGUGCAUGCAGUGUGUGUGUGUGUGUGAGCGCGCUGCGCUGUGCACGUCGCUGUGCAGGAGCUUUCUCGGGACGCUGCUGAUGUCCUGAACGGGAUAGGGACCGAAAGAAGUCGUGCUGCAGCUGGAGGCUCGCGCUGCGGGAUUUAUAGAGAGAGAGAGAGACAGAAAGAGAGAAACGAGGAAAACGAGGAUGGAUUUGGUGAUGGCACGGCAAUGAUCAUGGCCCUCUGGGCGGGAGUUCGGGCCGCUCUCCUCCGUCUGGCCCUUGUGUUCUUCCUGUCACCUCCUCUGGUCCGCUGCCAAGGUGACAGGCCACGGCUUCAGUUCACGCAACCGCUGUACCAUGCGUCCGUGUACGAGAACUCGGCGGCGCGGACGUAUGCAGUCAGCCAGGUGAGAAUGGGCGUGGAUCUCCAACAGCGCUCAUGGGAAGUGCGCUACAGAAUCACGGCCGGAGACGAUGAGGGAUUUUUCAAGGCAGAAGAAUACACGCUUGGGGACUUCUGCUUCCUCCGCAUACGCACCAAAGGAGGAAAUGCUGCCAUUCUGAACCGAGAGAUUCAGGAUAAUUACCAGCUGACAGUCAAAGCGUCCGUUAAGGGCGAAACAGUGGAGGCAUGGACCAAAGUGAGUGUACAAGUGCUGGAUAUGAAUGACCUUCGACCUCUUUUUUCCCCAACAACUUAUUCAGUCACGAUUGCAGAAAACACACCACUGCGCACCAGCAUUGCUCAAGUCACAGCCACGGAUGCUGACACAGGCUCUAAUGGGGAGUUUUACUAUUUCUUCAAGGAAAAGAUGGAACUUUUUGCUGUGCACCCAACCAGUGGUGUUGUUUCCCUCAGUGGAAAGCUGAAUGUGGACACUCAAAGCCGCUAUGAUUUGGAAAUCCAGGCUGUGGACCGUGGGAUGAAGCUUUACGGCAACAACGGUGUCAGCAGCACUGCUAAACUCUUUGUCCAUGUGGAACGGAUCAAUGAGCAUGCACCCAAACUCAAUAUUGUGACACUAGCACCUGCUUGGGCCGAUGCUACGCCGGCAGUCGCUGUGUUGACAGUUGAGGAUGACGAUACCGGACUGAAUGGAGAGAUCGAGGCAGUAAACAUUGUGGACGGAGACCCAUUUAAUCUGUUUAGCAUCGAAAGAAUAGAAAUAGACAGGGAAGGAGAAGAGAGAGGAUCUAAGAGAGGAUCUAGUGAGUUUGUUCUUAAAGCUCCUGAGCAUCUAAAGUGGGAAAGUUACCCUUUUGGACUGAAUCUGAGUUUGCAGGCAAGAGAUCGGGGGACACCACAAAAAUCAUCAGAGGUUCAAAUAGUAUGUCUUAAGUUGUCCAGGCCAAGCCCAGUAGAGGUCCGGUUCCAGAAAGAGGUAUAUGAGGUCAAUCUGAGUGAAAUAGCCCCACCCAGAACCCUCGUAUUGGCCGUAAAACUUAAUCCAGAGCCAGCUGACGUUGAAUACAUCCUCACACCAUCUGCAGAUUCAGCGUUUUUUAGUGUCAAUAGUAUGACUGGAGUGAUUAGCACGUCACGGUGGCUCACAAAGCUCACACAACGAGAUUUUGAGCUUGAGGUAAUGGAGGUUGGCAGUGAACUCAGGGCUAAAGUUCGGGUGUUUCUAGAAGAUGCCAAUGACAAUGCUCCAGUAUUUACACAACUGUCCUAUGAAGUGUUUGUCAAUGAAAGCAUCCCUGUCGGGACGACAGUUGUUGUGGUCACGGCUUUGGAUGCAGAUCACGGGGAGAACAGUUAUAUCACAUACAGCAUGGCAAGUUUGAUGCCACUGCCAUUCACUAUACACCAGUUUAAUGGCGCCAUCACAAGCAGGCAGGAAUUGGACUUUGAGUCAUCCUCGGAGAGCUUCAGCUUUGUAGUGCGGGCUUCGGACUGGGGUGCCCCGUACAGGAGAGAGAGUGAAGUAAACGUCACAGUGCACCUCGAGAAUGUGAACGAUAACAAGCCACUCUUUGAGAAAAUUGCCUGCGUUGGUGUGGUUUCCCGUGACUUGUCGGUCGGUGAGGUCAUCACUACCAUGUCCGCCAUAGACAUUGAUGAGUUGGAACUUGUGAAGUAUAAAAUAAUCUCAGGAAAUGAGCAUGGCUUCUUUGAUCUGAAUCCCGAUUCUGGUGUCAUGACUCUUCGCCGAUCUCUUAUUACUGCAAACCCCAAAAGCACUUUUAGCCUCAAAAUCACUGCCACAGAUGGGGAGACUUUCUCCGAUCCCAUGUUUGUGAACAUAUCCAUAGCACAGGGAAAAUCCCCACCUAAGAGUUUCAGCUGUAUAGAGACACAUGUAGCUCAGAGACUCGCAGAGAAGCUGCUCAAAAAGGCCAAAGCCAACAGCAAGCCCAAAAUAGAGGAAGGUUUCAUUGACUUGUUCUCAGUGAACCGACAAGCGCCUCAGUUUGACAAAUCCUUCCCUACAGAUAUCACAGUCCGUGAGGAUAUGGAAAUUGGCUCGAGUGUGUUCCAGGUGAAAGCGUAUGACAGCGACACAGGAUUUAAUGGCCAGAUACUUUACACUAUUUCCAGUGGCAACACAGAUAGUAGUUUUACCAUCGGCACUCUCACCGGCGAGAUCAGGAUAUUCUUGCCAUUAGACCGGGAAAGAACAGACCGAUACAUCCUAAACCUUACAUUAUAUGAUUUGGGCCAGCCACAAAGAUCUGCUUGGCAUCUCUUAACUGUCUAUGUGGAGGAUGCCAAUGACAAUGCCCCCCAGUUUCUUCAAGGCAAUGGAUACAGAGCACGGAUUCCUGAAAACACUCCCAUUGGCACUGAGGUGAUCCAAGUAGAAGCCACAGAUAAAGAUCAGGGAUCAAAUGGAGAGAUCCAGUAUUCCUUGCUCACAAGCACCUCUCAGUUUGGCAUCAACAGCUCGAGUGGGAUCGUAUAUGUUGCUGGACAGUUGGACCAUGAAUACGCGCCAUCUUUCUUACUGAAAGUGGAAGCACGAGACCGUGCAGAAAGAAAUGCUCAGAAAUUUUCCAUAACCACACUUCAUAUCAGACUAGACGACGUCAAUGACUGUCCUCCUGCAUUUAUCCCAAGUGUGAUCAGUGCGCGAGCUCUUGAGGAUCUUCCGAUUGGUACCGUUAUCGCCUGGCUCGAUACUCAGGACCCUGAUCUCGGUCCAGGUGGAGAAGUCCGCUAUUCACUUGGUAGUGACUACGAUGGCCGCUUCGAGGUGGAUGCGAUGAGUGGAGCUAUUCGUUUAACCAAGGAGCUGGAUUAUGAGACUCAACAAUUCUUUAACCUAACAAUUCGAGCCAAAGACCGAGGACGUCCCGUUUCUUUGCUAUCAGUCAGCUUUGUGGAGGUGGAGGUGGUAGACGUAAAUGAAAACCUUUACGCACCAUAUUUCUCCAACUUCGCUGUGAAUGCUUCAGUUAAGGAAAGUGCUCGGAUUGGGACAUCUGUUCUUCGAGUUUCAGCGCGCGAUGAUGAUACUGGCAGAGACGGUGAGGUUCAGUACUCCAUCCGUGAUGGAAGUGGCCUUGGAAGGUUUACCAUCGACGAUGAGACAGGAGUGAUCUACACUACGGAUCUGCUGGAUCGUGAGACGCAGGAUUCCUAUUGGUUGACGGUUUAUGCCACAGACCGGGGGGUGGUGCCUCAGUCAGCUGCACUGCAAGUCUACAUUCAGGUAGAGGAUGUGAACGAUAAUGCCCCAUUGACCUCUGACCCCAUGUACCACGCCUCCAUCCCUGAGAACUCUCCCAAAGACGUGUCAAUCAUCCAGAUCCAAGCCCAGGAUCCUGACGCUACGGCAACCGAGCCCCGCUUCUCGUUUCGCAUCGCCAGCGGCAACCCGCAAAACUUUUUCAGUAUCAACACACGCACCGGUCUCAUAACGACGACUGCCAGGAAGCUGGACCGAGAACAGCAGGCAGAGCAUGUACUUGAGGUGACCGUAUCAGAUGGAGGACCCUCGCCUCGUCACACCACUGUAUGGGUGGUGAUUCAAGUCCUGGAUGUAAAUGAUAACAAACCCGUUUUCCCAGAGAAACUCUACCAGGUACGUUUACCUGAGCGUGGGCGGAGACAGAGGGGCGGAGCCAUCUACCGCAUCUUUGCCUACGACGCUGACCACGGCCCCAAUGCAGAGCUCACCUACAGCAUCGUGGAUGGCAACGACGACGGCAAGUUCCACAUCGACCCCAAGACUGGCCUCGUGUCGUCUCCCAGGAAGCAGUUCCCUGCUGGAACAUACGACAUUCUGACUGUGAAGGCGGUGGAUAAUGGCCGCCCUCAGCGCUGGGCGACGGCUCGUUUGCAUAUCGAAUGGAUUCGUCGGCCGCCGCCAAGCGCCGUGCCGCUGGCAUUCGAAGAGCCGCUUUACAACUUCACUGUCAUGGAAAGUGAUAAAGUGGCGGACAUUGUGGGUGUGGUCUCAGCCCAACAGCUGGGCUCCGCCCCCCUGUGGUUUGACAUCACAGGGCCGCGUCCUUUCCGUGAGACGUUCUUUGUUCUCCAGACUGCCUGUGGCAGCAACUGUUCUAAAGAAGGUGGGGAUGAUGAGAGUGUGUUUGAUGUGGAGAAGGCCGUUGGGACGAUCAUCAUUGCUAAAGCUCUGGAUGCUGAGCAGAGAUCCUUCUACAACCUCACAGUGGAGGUGACAGAUGGGACCAACACUGCCUACACACAGGUUCUCAUCACCGUGCUGGAUCAGAACGACAAUGCCCCGGUGUUCUCUCAGCCCACCUACGAGGUCAUGGUUGCCGAGGACACGCCCCCGGAUACGGAGGUGCUGCAGGUUUUGGCGUCAGAUCGAGAUGAGCAUCAUCGCUUGACCUUUGCCCUGUUGGGCAGCGUGGACCCUGCUAGCAUGCGUCUGUUCCGUAUUGAUGCCAGCACGGGUCAUGUGUACACCGCACAACGCCUUGACCACGAGACUAACACACAACACGUCCUCUCCGUCAUGGUGAAAGAUCAGGAAUUCCCAUACAGACGGAGUCUUGCACGCGUUCUCAUUGGUGUAGAGGAUGUGAAUGACCACGCCCCCCAGUUUACCAUGGCAAUGUAUGACGGACAGGUAUACGAAUCUGCGGCACUUGGCUCUGCCGUCGUCACGGUAACGGCUCUGGAUAAAGACAAAGGCCAGAAUGCUCAGAUUAGCUACAGUAUGGAAUCAGGAAACACUGGGAACACAUUCCGGAUUGAUCCAAUUCUGGGAAUCAUCUCAGUGGCUCGGGAAUUGGAGUUAUCCACCAUCGGUCACUACGUGUUAAUUCUAAAAGCUGUGGAUCAUGGCUCCCCUGCUCUAUCUUCCACUGCUGUUGUUCGAAUUGCUGUGACACUUUCUGACAAUUCAGGCCCCAAAUUUCCUCAAAACGAGUACCAGGCCGAGGUUGCUGAAGGUGUUGCCAUCGGAACUUCAGUAACCACUGUAACAGCCCUGGGCCUGUCCACAGUAACCUACGAAAUCCGUCACGGUAAUGGAGGUCGGACAUUUCGCAUUAACCAGUACAGUGGUGUGAUCACAACUCAAAUAGUGCUUGAUUUCGAGACGAUUUCUUCAUAUAUGCUAAUUGUCACAGCUACCAACAUGGCUGGCCAGUCAUCCAAUGCCACUGUAACGGUUGUUGUGCUUGACCAGAAUGACAAUGCCCCUGUGUUCCAGCAGCUGCAUUACUGGGGUGACAUCAGUGAAGGGGCAGGGCUGAACAGUGUGGUGCUGAGUGAAUCUGGUGAGCCUUUGGUUAUACGGGCAACAGAUGCUGACCGGAACCAUAACGCCUUGUUAGUGUAUCAGAUCCAGGAAGAGAAUGCCAGGCGUUUCUUUACUGUAGAUGCUGGCACCGGUUCCAUUAGAACCAUUGCUCAACUGGACCAUGAAAAAACACCUACGUUCCAUUUUCAUGUGAGUGUAAGGGACAGUGGACGUCCACAGCUAUCAGCUGAACAUCCUGCGGAAGUCACCAUUCAAGUGCAAGACAUUAAUGACUGUGCACCACAAUUUUCCCAGGAUUUCUAUGAAGCUGUUCUUCUGCUUCCUACCUAUGAGGGAGUGGAAGCCUUGAGAGUCUCUGCCUCUGAUCCUGAUGGAGACGGUCAAUCCGACCUCACCUACUCACUGACUGACACCAAUCUGGAGCAUUUUGCUGUAGAGUCGAACACUGGGCUAAUCACAGUCCGAAACAGCACUUUUGGCAAAGACCGUUUCCGGUUCAAUGUUCGUGUCUCAGACGGACGGUUCUCCAGCACAGCUUUGGUGACCGUUCUUGUGCGUGAGGCACUUGACAGUGGCCUGGCUUUCACACACAACAUCUACAAUGCUAACAUUCAGGAGAACGAUGCUAAUGUGACAACAGUCACUGUGGUUACAGCGCUUGGCAACAAAUUGAAUGAGCCAUUACGUUAUACUUUGCUGAACUCUGGUGGGAAGUUUCGAAUCCGUCCCACAUCUGGAGCUAUAGAGACAGUAGGAGUCCCCUUAGACAGAGAGGACAAAGAGGAGUUUGGACUUCUUGUGCAGGCAAGUCGAGAGGAAGACAGGUUGCGUGUUGCAAGGGCACUUGUGCGUGUACGUGUCACAGACGUCAACGACAAUGCACCCAUUUUUGUCGGACUUCCAUAUUAUGCAGCCGUGCAAGUGGAGGCAGAACCAGGGGUGUCCAUAUUUCGUGUGACAGCUAUAGACAGUGACAAAGGUCCAAAUGGAGAAGUCAGCUACUUCCUGCAGGAUGAGCUGGGACACUUUGAAAUGGACCGUAUUAGCGGUGAGCUCAGAUUACGCCAGGCCUUUGAUGCUGAUCUGUCCAGUGUGGAAUACCAAAUCCUGGUUUUCGCUCGUGAUAGUGGCACACCGUCCCUGUCCUCUUCUAUCACCUUCCCUGUCACUGUUGUGAACCGGGCAAUGCCUGUAUUUGACCGGCCAUUCUACUCUGUUAAAGUGAGUGAGGAUGUGCCAGUGUUUACGCCAGUUCUGGGAAUCAAUGCCAGCAGUCCAGAAGGACAGAAUGUUCUCUACACCAUCACACAUGGCAACCCUGAUAGCAUUUUCUCUAUUGGAUUUGACACUGGCAUCAUCAGUGUUAUAGCCCCUCUGGACUUUGAGGCUGACCCGGUCCACAAACUGAUCAUCAGAGCGACAGACUGCCUCACUGGUGCUAGAGCAGAGGUGGAUGUUGAGGUGACAGUUUUAGACAUGAAUGAUAAUGCACCUGUGUUUGAACAACCAAUUUAUAAAGCAGUAAUCUCUGAAUCAGCCAUGAUAGGAACUCCUGCUUUGCAGGUGCAAGCGACAGAUAAAGACUCUGAGAAAAAUGCAGCAGUUCGCUACCAAAUCAUCCCUGACCGCAGCAACAGCACAGACCACUUCCACAUUGACAGUAGCAGUGGCCUGAUCUUGACUGCUCGCUCCCUCGAUCACGAAACCAUUCAGCACUAUGUUUUCUUUGUCAAAGCAACUGAUAAUGGCUUUCCUCCUCUUAGCACUGAGGUGCAGGUCAUAGUUCAGGUGACAGACACAAACGACAAUGCUCCAGUCUUCAAUCAACUACUGUAUGAGGCCUCAGUUUAUGAACUUGCACCCAAAGGGCACUUUGUCAUGUGCAUUCAGGCUUCUGAUGCAGAUCAGUCUGACGUAGACCGACUACAAUAUGCUUUGUUAUUAGGAAACGAGCGAUUGCUAUUUGACCUGGACGCUUCCUCAGGGAUUUUGACUCUGAGUGGACAGCGGAGGACACAACGUAUGCCACCCACUAUCAGCCUGAAUGUGAGUGUUUCGGAUGGAGUUUUCACCAGCACAGCACAAGUGCACGUACAUGUAGAGUGGGCAAACCUACACACGCCACAAUUCACCCAGAGCAUGUAUGAAGCAGAGGUACGAGAGAACAUGCCAGCUGGAUCAAAGGUCAUUAUGAUUAGGGCUUUGGAUGCUGAUCCUGGACCAUUUGGUGAAGUGCACUAUGUUUUACUCUCAGAUGUAGCACGAUACUUGUUUAGUAUAGACAGCAAUGGUCAGAUAACGACUCUGGAGAGGUUGGAUCGGGAAGAGCAAAAUGAAUUCGUGCUGUCCAUUGCAGCAGUCGACACAGGAGGAAGAACUGCAUAUUGCCAUGUUUGGAUUGCAGUGCUGGACGAGAAUGAUAAUGCCCCACUUUUUGAUGCCUCAGAGUACCGUGCUAGUGUUCGGGCAGAGGUGGAACCCGGCUCUUUAGUGACACAAGUGCAGGCUUGGGAUGCUGAUCAGGGGCUCAAUGGAGAGAUCAACUACAGCUUAUACAGUGAAGCCAGUGUCCAGGUCACAGAAUUGCUGGAUAUAGAUCCUGAUAGUGGUUGGGUAGUUACCAAGGGCAAUUUCAGCCCCCUUCAAGGGUCAGUAUUAUCCUUUUUUGUGAAAGCCUCAGACAGUGGUGUACCAGUCCGCCAUUCUCUUAUUUCUGUGUACAUUCACGUCCUCUCAAAUGAUGCCCACUUACCUGUCUUUAACCAACCACACUUCUCCUUUAGUGUUCCAGAAGAUACACCCAUUGGUUCCACACUAGGUGCAGUGCAUCUGCAGAGCCAGCGUGGACAGAACUCUCUACCUGUCAGUUUCUCGGCUGUGAUUGGUCAGACUGUGGAGAGCAAUAGCGAUGGUUUUUUUGUUGUGGACAAGGAGAGUGGGAUGAUAAAACUGGAAAAGCCACUGGACCGUGAACAAACUCCAGAAUUCCAUUUUAAAGUGUCUGCAACCCUGCAGCAAGGACUCAUAGAUUCAGUUGCUGUCGUAGAUGUGGAAGUAAAAAUUCUAGAUGUAAAUGACAACAAACCAGCAUUUGAGUCCAACUCAUAUGAAGCCUCCAUCAUUGAGGGACUUCCUGCUGGCACCAGAAUCCUCCAAGUGCUAGCAGUGGAUCCUGACUGGUCAGCCAAUGGUCAGGUGACAUACAGCCUUGCUCCACCUGGGCUUCUGGGAUCAGGAAGUGAGGAUUUGAAGGAUGGUGGGAGCUAUUUUACAAUUGAUAGCACUUCUGGGUGGAUUUCAACUCUAAAAGGCCUUGAUCAUGAACUUAACCCCGUCCACAGUCUUACAGUCUGGGCAUUUGAUCUCGGUGACCCAGCCAGUCUGUCAUCCUCGACGACGGUUGCCAUAGCAGUUGGUGACUCCAACGACAACAUGCCUGAGUUUCUGCAACCGCACUACUAUGGCAGUGUGCGGGAAAGUGAUGCACCUGGAGAAGUGGUUGCUGUGCUGAACACCCGUGAUGAUGACAGCUCUCCUAGCAACCGUCAGGUCACCUACCACAUCACAGGUGGUAACCGUGGCGAUGUGUUCGCUUUGAGUUUACUCUCCUCUGAUUGGAAGCUGUACGUGAAGCGGCCAUUGGAUCGUGAGCAGCAAGAACGUUACGUCAUCAACGUCACGGCAACGGACGGCCUCCAUGUUGCCACAGCAACCGUCCAUGUGCUCGUCACCGAUGCCAACGACAACAGUCCCGUGUGUGACCCGGUGAUGUACACUGCAUCUGUCUCAGAGGAUGUCCCUAUUGGAAAUCUGAUCCUGAGAGUGAGAGCGACGGAUGCAGACACUGGCUCUAACGCACAACUACAGUACACACUGUCAGGGGGCGGGGCUGAGGACUUCACGAUACACCCUUACACAGGAGAGCUAAAAACUGCAACGUCAUUGGACCGGGAGAAAGUUGAGCGGUAUUCUCUUGUUGCCAGGGCAACAGACGGGGGUGGGCUUUCAUGUGAGGCAACUGUUUCCAUCAUGCUACUGGAUGUUAAUGAUAACCCUCCACGGUUUGGCUCCGCCCAUUACAAGACCAGCGUUUACGAGAACACAGCUGCGAAAGCGCUACUCACACAGCUAAAUGCCAUAGAUCCAGACCUGGGUGAGAGCCGUAAAGUAGUGUACUCACUAGUAGACUCGGCUGAAGGUGUCUUCUCCAUCGAUAAGUGGACAGGUGUGGUGGCUCUGGAGCGUCCGCUGGACCGCGAGGUCCAAUCCUCGUACCUUGUGGUAAUACGGGCGUCUGACCUAGGUGUCCCCUACCGUCUCUCGUCUCUUGCCAACCUCACCAUUGCCGUGCUGGAUGUAAAUGACAACCCUCCGGUGUUCGAGCGGCGUGACUACAGUGCCACGCUGGGCGAGGAUGCAGCAGCUGGCACCGCAGUGCUGCGUGUCCAUGCACACAGCAAGGACAUCGGUACUAACGCUGACAUCUAUUACAGCAUCCGAUCUGGGAACGCUCAAGGGCACUUCAGCAUUGAAACACACACAGGAGUGAUCUCCGUGUCUCACCCUCUGGACUUCGAGACCUGUAAAGAUUACUUUCUCACAAUAGAAGCUCGCGAUGGCGGAACUCCACCCCUCACCGCUGUUGCCAUGGUGAACAUCAAUAUAACGGACGUCAAUGAUAAUGCGCCGAUGUUUGGGCGUGACGUUUACAGCGCCAUCAUCAGGGAGGACGCUAACAUUGGUGAUGCCGUCGUCAAGGUGACCGCCGAAGACAUCGACAGCCAGGUGAACGGUGACAUCCUGUACUCCAUCGUCAGCGGCGACCGCGAGAACCAGUUCUUCAUCGAGCCAGUGACGGGCCAGAUCAAAGUCAACAAACAGCUGGAUCGAGAAACGAUUGCGGGUUAUGCGUUGGCAGUAAGAGCUCUGGACAGCGGAACUCCCUCCAUGUCUUCAACUGUGAUCGUUAACAUCGACAUCUCCGACAUCAACGACAACCCGCCCACUUUUUCUCCAGCAAAUCACACGGCGGUUAUUCAGGAGAAUAAGCCAGUUGGGACGAGCAUCCUGCAGCUGUCAGUCACCGAUAAAGACGCCGCCCACAACGGCCCGCCGUUCCACUUCAACAUCCUCUCGGGAAAUGAGGGGAUGUGGUUUGCAUUGGACAGGGAGGGGCUUAUAACGUCCAAUCAGAUGUUCCGCAGGUCUGAGAGAACGGAGUAUGUCAUUCAGGUUGAGGCCCGUGAUUCCGGCAGGCCGCCGUUGUCAUCAACCACACUCGUGCACGUGCGUGUGAUCGAGGAGAGCGUGCACAUGCCUGUAGCAUCUCCGCUACACGUCCACAUUGUGACGGUGGAGGAUGAGUUCCCAGGAGGUGUGAUUGGACAGAUUCAUGCCACGGACCAGGACGCUUUCGACAUCCUCACCUAUGGACACACGCACCAACAGAACAGCCUCUUUAAGGUGAACCCACGUGACGGACGCAUCAUCGCUCUCUCCGGUCUGGACGCGGGUCGCUACUCUCUGAAUGCCACGGUGACGGACGGCCGUUUCUCCGUGAGCGUGCCCGUGAGCGUGCACGUGGAGUGGGCGUCGGCUUCUAUGCUGCGUCACGCUGUUACAGUGCGCUUCGAGCGCGUCUCGCCGCACGACUUUGUCUCGCGUCAUCUCACUGCUGUUCGCCGCGCCAUCGCCGAUGCCAUGGGAACAGGGACGCCCGAUGCCCUGCAUGUGCUCAGUGUGCAGCCGGUGGAGACCACAGGCCAGCUUGACCUCCUAUUGGCUGUGGAGGCUCCAGGGGGUGGCGGCUUCCUGGCAGCAGCGCUGGUGAGCCAGAAGCUAAGCGCAGCACGGCGGCGGCUCGAACAGGUCCUGCGCGUUUCUGCUGUUCUGGAUAAGAACUGUUCAGGUCUGGAGUGCGGAGAGGCGCGCUGCGAACAGACCAUCACACUCGACACACACGCACUGCUCACUUACACCACCAGCACCAGCAGCUUCGUCUCACCGCGGUUUCAACGGAGCGCACGCUGCGUCUGCUCUGAUGGACGAUGUUCUGCGAUAUCGGAGGUGUGUGAGGACGUGGUCUGUCCUGAUGACAUGCAGUGUGUGAAGACAGACAACAGCAGAGGACCGUACGCCUGCCAGUGCCCGCCAGGGAAACUAGGAGAAUGUGCAGGUCACACCUCUCUGAGUUUCUACGGCAACAGUUAUAUAAAGUACCACGUGAUUGACGGCUUGAAGAGCGAUGAGGUGAAACUGCAGCUCCGCAUCAGAACACUGCAGAGUAGCGGCGUGAUCCUGUACACACACCCCGCCCCCUGUGCCAUGCUAAAGAUGGAGGACGGAUGUCUCCAGCUACAGCUGGGCUGUUCUGAAGGAGGUGGAGUCCUCGCCAUCACCACCCGACCAAUCAAUGAUGGUCGCUGGCAUCACGUGACCCUCGAGUUGGGUCGAAACUCCAGCAGCCUCUCAUUAGACGACUGGACACAACAGGCCCCGGCUGCUUCCCACCUCCCUGGCCCCGAUUGGUCCAUUUCAAUGGGGGCGUGGCAUAGCGACGGUUUCCAGGGCUGCCUGGACUCGUUAGCGUUGAACGAUGUCGAGCUGCCACUGCACAACAAACAGGCACCUGCAGCAACACACACACGCUCACACACACACGUGGAGGUGACGGCGCUGGGCGAGGUGACGCUCGGCUGUGUGCUUCACCAUGAUCCGUGCGCACGCCAACCCUGCGCCCACGGAGCUGCCUGCACCAGCCUUCCCAACGGAGGUUUCUCGUGUAAUUGUGGUCCUCUGUACACCGGGCGGCGCUGUGAGACCGAGAUUGGUGUGUGUGCGCCAAACCCCUGCCGAAACGGCGGUGUGUGUAAGCCCAUCGGCAACGCCUUCCUCUGCAGCUGCAAGAGGGGAUACACUGGCCUCACGUGUGAGGAGGAUGUAAACGAGUGUGAACGUGGUGAGCGCUGCGAAGGCGGAGCCUCCUGUGUCAACACCUUCGGCUCCUUCUACUGCAACUGCACCACGCCAGGCUUUGUGGGUGGAGCCUGUGCCAUCCGUCCCGUCCUGGUCCCCGACAUGCGCUCUGGCCCCGCCUACUUUGGGCGGGAGGAGCUUAUCGGCGUGGCGGUGGUGCUGUUCCUGAUCAUGGCACUUGUGUUUCUGUUCGUCGCCUUCAGGAAGAAAGUGUUCCAGAAGAGCUACUCGCGCAACGACCUGUCUCUCGUCCAGGACCCGGCCACUGCUGCACUGCUGCACAAAGCCAACGGACACUUCCCUCCCCUGCAGUGUGGCACUGGAGACCCUAUCAGCCUCUACACCGAGGGUGGGCGGGGCUUACUGUCUGGAGAACCCAUCGGUCUUUACACAGAGGGUGGGCGGAGCUUAUCAGGGCCACCCCAGGUCCCGGUAAGACCGAUGGCGUACACCCCGUGCUUUGGGACUUUGGAGAAAAGGGGUGGUGACAGAAAGGGGGUGGAGCUGACUGAGAUGAGCACGUUCAGACAGGGGACGGAGUCACCGAGAGUGGUGGGCAGUAUGGCACGGAGGGGCGUGGCCGUGUGCAGCGUGGCACCCAACCGAUCGGAGUGUGACUCGCCGAGCAACAAAAGAAGCUGGGAGGAUGACGAUGGGAAAGUGGACAUGUUGGAGGAGGUCAUGUGUUUUUCUGGCAGCAACAAAGGAAGCAACUCUGAGGUCCAGUCACUGAGCUCCUUCCAAUCAGACUCCUGUGAUGACAACGCUUCCAUAGUGACGGUCAUUCGACUCGUCAACGACGCAGUUGAUACGAUCGAAAACGAAGUCUCCGUUAUGGAUCAAGGUCAAACCUACAGCAGAGCAUACCACUGGGACACUUCUGAUUGGCUGCCGACGACGAGGCUCUCUGACAUCGAGGAAGCGACGCCGGGAGACGUGGGCGUGGCUUUGGAGUCAGACUACUAUUUAGGCGGCUUUGAUGUCGACAGCGAAUACCCGCCCCCUCAGGAGGAGGAGUUUGUGUCACGUGACCGUCUGCCGCCGCCCCUUCCUGGAGAAGAUUACCUGCCAGACAUUGCGCCUGUCAGUCAACCCGUUUCCACGGCGAGUACGCUAACCAGAGCCCGCCCACAUUUCCACCCAAGCCAGUAUCUUCCUCCUCAUCAGCUUCCACUUGGAUCCGAGGGGGCGGAGCUGAGUGUAUUUGCAAGCGGGGACGAGCGGCUGUCAAUCAAAACGUCCUCCGUGUCUGAUGUCUCCGCCCCCUUUGGGUUCGAGGAUUCCGAAACUGGAGGAAGUUUGGACAGCUUGGAGGAAGCACAGACGCAGCCAUACACACAACAGACUGAAGUGUGAUUUCGCCCCCCACACACACACAAACACACACACUAACUAACACACUCAAGUCUCACACACACACACACACACACACACACUCACAGACUGAAGCUCCCAAACAAGAAGUCAUUCACACGUAAUCAUGUGACAUGUGACGUGGAUGAACAGAGCUGUGUGUGACAAAUCUCCUGCUCCCUGUGUGUGUGUGUGUGUGUGUGUGUGUGUGUGUGUGUGUGUGUUAGUGGAAUUUUGUACAGCCAAACAGCACAACUCAUCAAACAUUUUUAAAUCGGAUGUCUCGAUUCUUUAUUGCUUUGUGUUUUUUUUUUUUUUUUUUUUUAUUUUGCACUAAGAUGCCAGAGUUCAGUGUACGAUGAAAUAAUAGAUAUGAUUUUAUCUCUCUUUCUGUCUCACUCUCUAUCCAUCUCUCUGUCUUACUCUCGCCUUCUGUCUCUUUUCACUGCAGGGUGAAACGUUGCUCUGUUUAACGUCUGCCCCAGAAAUAGCACUAUUUUUCAAGCUGUCCAACAUCACUGAGGUGCUGUGUGUGUGUGUGUGUGUGUGUGUGUGUGUGUGUGUGUGUGUGUGUGUGUGUGUGUGUGAGAGAGAGAGAGAGAGAGAGAGAGAGAGAGAGAGAGAGAGAGAGAGAGAGGGACAGACAGACAGAGAAAGAGAGCGGGAGCGCAACUCACUUGUAAGUUUCUGUAAGAUAUUAAGACUGUCUAUUGCUCCUUUCAUUUGUAUAUCGGAAAGCCAUAUUGUUUAGCAUCCGUGUGUGUGUGUGUGUGUGUGUGUGUGUGCGCGUGCACACAAAGCAAAAAAGUCUUACUCAGUAUAGCAGGCCAUGUAUAUAGUAAGUAUGAUGCACGGUGUGAGAGCUGAAAAUGAAAAGAUAGAAUGGAGAGAUGGAAAGAAAGAUGAGCGUAAAAAAAAACUCAUCAUCAUUGACGAAAGUAAUAAGGAGUGUUUUUGUUUUGUUUGUUUUUUUUUUUGGAUUUUGUGAAAUAGAGAAGAAAAGAGAGGCAUGAAAGCAAGUUUGAGAGAAAGUAAGUGAGAGAGAGAGAGAGAGAGAGAGAGAGA